CAAUCACAGAGCUGGAUGUACAAGCAGUCUUUAUCGCCCGGCAGAGCAAAAAUAAGACAACAAAGCUGUCCGGAUAGGAAGAAGCUGUUGUGUUUACCUCUCGCAUCUCAGGUGCUGCAGUGUUGUGGGACAUGCCGUGCUGCAUUUAGUUAUCUAGUUCAGUCGUUUGGACGAGAACUCGCACACGGACUCAAUUUUGGUUUCAUCGACUUUUCCACAUUCUGAUAUGGAAACAGACGCGGUGAUCCCGAUCUGGCAGAACAAGCCACAUGGCUCCACGCGCAGUGUGGUCCGGAGAAUCGGAUCAACCCUGCCUUUGAAACCCAGCCCAAGAGCCUGCUUCCAGGCUCUCCCGGGGUUGCCCCCUCAGCACCUCACAGAGCCCAUGGUGCCCACGCUGGCGGACAUUGCUUGGAUCGCUGCUGACGAGGAGGAGACGUAUGCCCGAGUCAGGAGUGACUCGCGCCCGUUCAGGCAGGAGUGGAAGCCAACGCCUCUGCUGGUUCUCCAUAGAAACUCCUCGGUGCCCAACUUCAGGAGGGAGGGGAAGAAGAUGGAGGGCUUGAAGAAGCCAGGUCAGACUGCACUGAACAGAACCACAGCCCUACAGGACGAGCUCAGUCGACUGCGUGCUCAGAUCGCCAAGAUAGUGGUGGCAGAGUCAGCCCCUGUGACGCCUGACCUCCUGUCCCCAGAUGACACCAGCCUGAGUUUUUCAAUGGCCCCCUUUGAGUCCUUCCAGGAGGGAGGCUCGUUCGUGAUCAGCGACCUCUCUGAGGCAGUGCCUGACCUGGAGUCCGACCCCCCUGCCCUCUCCAUGGCCCCCUCGGCCACCUUUGAGCUGCAGCGGCCCGGCAUGGACUGCGAGGAGCAGGAGGAGAACACAGUGUCCCUGUCCAAAUCCACCAGCUUCGCUGACGUCAUGGACAUCCUCAAGGACAUGAAACGGAUGAAGAUGAGCAAGGACCGCAGGUUCUCUCGCGGCUGCACCUCUCUUCCAAUCGAGGACUCUGCCUCCCUCAUCUCGGAGGUUUUGAAGAAGAAGUUCUCCCUGAAGGACGAGGAUUUCAGCCUUCAGGAAUAGACUGACCUGUUACAGUAACCAUACCAGACACACAAGACAGUGCUGUUCCAUCAACAAGAAGCCAUCCUAACCAACAUCAGCUGGGUUUCAUUGAAACCACCAGAGAGAGAGGUAGAUCAUUUCUGUGACAUCCGAACCCAUUUCAUUACCGAUUAAACACUCAGGUGGACAAUGUGUGUUUUUUUUUUCUUUAUUUAUUUUAUUAAGGAAAAGUCGUAGCUGAGCUGUUUCCAGUUUGGUUGUGGUGAGCAUGCAGGGGUUGAUACAAUAGGAAGGUGACAUGGAUUUUCCCCAGCCUGGUGGCUCUUGAGACUGGGCUAAGUUUUGAAACCAAGUGCUCUGGUCUCCUAGUGGGUACCUAAAACUGUGCUAUAGACAGAAUCAUUAUUUUCAUUUAAGUUCUGUGGUUUGGAUACCAUGAUCUGCUUAAUCUCUAGUACCGAGCUAUAGGGAACGCUAUCUUCCCCAGUUGCAAUUAAGUCAUUGACUGCUAGAUGGCACUGUUGUACAGCAAACCACUCUGAUACACUAAAUUAUAUUGCUAGUAACGCAGGGCUGGAAAGCCAAGACUAGUCUUGUGCUAAUAGCUAGUGUGAGCACAGUGUAAGAAAUGCAUUUGAUCUGCUGUAUCUGUGAGUGUUACAGGACUUGUAUCCA